UUGGGUGGCAUCUCUCGAAGGAAGAGUCUCUCCCAUAAAUUUUCCUUUUGGAUCUUCCCACCCUUCUCUUCUGUAUGAUAUUUCAUUUCCCCCUCAUUCUAUCUCCUUUCAAUCCAUACCUUGUAAAUACACAUUCAUUCAGAUGAACCUAAUUUAGAUGUUUUCUAGUAAUCACAGCAGCUUCAGUUUUUCUGGGUAUGUAUAAACUGAAAAGAUGAAGACGCAUCAUGCUUGAUUAUUCAAGAGCGUGAUUUUCAGCAGAAGUGAAGGUAUCAUUUCUUUCUUUUUGAGUACGGUGAUUAUGUAGCUAAACUAUAUUUCUAUGGAGACAAGAAUCUUUAUCCGGCCCUUGGGUUUGUUUCUGCCGCUUCUUCUGAAGCUCUUAUGCACACUAAUUGUUUGAGAAAAUUCCUGUCAGAUUCAUCAUUGUAUAUUUUGUGAAAAUAUCAGUCCGAAAUCAGUUUGCUUUUUGAAAGAACAAAAAAAUUGAUUCUGGUGAUGUGAAGAUGAGAGCUUCGAGUAGUGUAGGACUUGGUUUGAGUCUUGUUUUUGGGUGUCUGUUACUAGCUCUUGUUGCUGAGCUUUACUAUCUGUUAUGGUGGAAGAAGAAGGUAACUAACAGAGAGAUGAUUCAAGAAAGUUACAAUACUCCAGCAAGAGAAUUCUUCUACAUGUUUUGUUGGAAAAAGCCCUCAUCUCUGACCUCCACAGGUCUAACCACAGACACCCAAGUCCAUGAACCACAAGCAUCAUCAGCUCAUCAACUGACCAAGGACCUAUUGCUCAGACCAUUUGGUGAAGCACAACAAGAUGAUGGUGAGUCUGAGAUGUUUAGGAUGCAGAACCUCUCUGCCCCAACAAGAUUUCUCUUCACCAUUAAAGAGGAAACAAAAGAAGAUCUAGAAUCAGAAGAAAUGAGUAAGAGGGGUUCAAGAAGGAGUUUGAGUGAUGUGAUUUCAGUGGAUACACCAUUUUUUACACCACUUGCUUCACCACCAUACUUGACUCCUCCAAUUACACCUGGAGAUUACUCAUAUAGAUCAUUCAGUCCACUGUUUCAGACAUCAAGUGAUUCAGAGUUCAACAGGAUAUGGGCUUCACCACCUCCUAAAUUCAAGUUCUUGAGAGAUGCUGAAGAUAAACUUCAAAGAAAACUGAUGGAAGAUGAUGCUUCUGCUCAUGAUGAUGAUGAUGAUGAUGGAGUUAAGGAUGAGGCAAAUGGUUCUUUUAUCACAUUAAUUGUGUCCAAGAACCAUGAGAUGGAGGGUUGAUCAAUCAUCGACCCUUCCAAGUUCUCUACAGGUACUUCCUUUCCUUUCCCCAUAUAUAUAACCAUAAUCCCAGAAGGCAUUAGAGCUGCUUCUAUCAAUGAAAGAAGACUGGAUUUCUUAUUUGUGCAAAAUUUAUAUUUUUUGUACGAAUUUUUGGUAGAAGUUUUAAUCUUACAAAAACCCAUUACUAAAAUUUCGCCACUUGGAAGUGUUGUGUUGUUUUUACUAAAAUUUCCAUCUUAAAAGAAAGCCAGUUGGAAGUGUUGUGAACUUGUUGAAAUGCUUUAGAGAUGAGUCAAAGCUUGUGAUUAUGCCAUGUUGAUUUGUACGUGAUUCUGAAGAAUCUUGUGAUUAUUUCCCCAACUCUUUUUCUUAUUUGGAAAGGGGAUUGCUGUUUGACACUUGUUAUGUCAA